CGGGCUAUCUGCUGACAAAACUGCAUUAAAUAAUUUCUCCUAGGCGAUAUCGCUCGUAUCUACUUCGCUUCGACUGUAGCUCCGUUUCUAAUCGAAAAUGUCAGCUUCGCCGUCUUCCUCGCUUGUUUUGAGCGCUUCUUCGCCGACGGUGAGGAAAUGGCCCCGAUCGGCACGAUCGACUUCGAAUCUUCUGGUCCACUUCCGGCGAUCUUUCCCGAUAGUCCUUGCAUCAUCUGGAAAUGCGUCUUCUUCUGUUGGCACUGCUAUGAGCACCGAAAUGGACGCUGUGUCUAGCUUCAGCGAGAUUGUUCCGGACACAGUGAUUUUUGACGAUUUUGAGAAGUUUCCCCCAACAGCUGCUACUGUUAGCUCUUCGCUCCUUUUAGGAAUUUGCAGUCUUCCAGAUACCAAGUUUAAGAAUGCUGUGGAGACUGCAUUGGCAAAUAGUGAAUGUUAUGAACAAGGGAAAUCUAGUGACCGGAUGUCCUGCUUCUUAAACAAGGCUUUGGUUAAUGUUGGCGCUGACUUGGCUAGAUUAGUCCCAGGUAGGGUGUCAAUAGAAGUGGAUGCCCGUCUUGCUUAUGACACACGAGGCAUCAUUAAUAAGGUGCAUGAGCUGUUGAGGCUAUAUAAUGAGGUUGAGGUUUCUUCAGAGCGUCUCCUAUUCAAAAUUCCUUCAACCUGGCAAGGUAUUGAAGCUUCGAGGUUGCUUGAAGCUGAAGGAAUACAAACACAUUUGACAUUUGUUUAUAGCUUUCCUCAAGCAGCGGCUGCAGCUCAGGCGGGUGCGUCAGUUAUACAGAUUUUUGUCGGGCGAAUUAGGGAUUGGGCUCGCAAUCAUUCUGGUGAUCCUGAGAUAGAAGCUGCUUGUAAAGGAGGACAAGAUCCUGGUUUGGCUCUGCCAAUCAAAGCAUACAACUAUAUCCACAAAUAUGGACACAAGUCAAAGCUGAUGGCUGCAGCAAUCCGCAAUAAGCAGGACUUAUUUGGUCUUCUUGGGGUUGAUUAUAUCAUUGCACCACUGAAGAUAUUGCAAUCCCUAAAAGAAUCUGUCACAUACCCUGAUGAGAAAUACUCCUACGUAAGAAGAUUAACUCUAAGCUCUGCAAAGGAAUAUGAAUUCAGUGAUGAAGAGCUACUGAAAUGGGAUCAAAGGAGCCUUGCAGCAGCAAUGGGACCCUGUGCUGAAGAACUGCUUGCUUCUGGACUCGAUGGUUACAUUAACCAGACUAAGCGUGUGGAGGAACUAUUUGGAAAGAUCUGGCCACCACCAAAUGUUUAGUAUCUGAUCCUUGGAGUCAAAACCACAUAAAGAACUGCUAAAUGUUGUAAUAAGUGUAACUGCAUUUUCUUUUUCUGUUUUCUUUCAAGAUAACUGAAAUGAUUUCUAUUUGCUUCAUAUUCUCACAAUUUGGAGUGCAUAAUUGAAGUAUUGUAGUUUAAUAAUGUGGAAAGAGCUCCAUUAUUUGAGUUUUGUGGCUACAGGUUUGUGUGGAAACAUAUUAGUGAGAA